AUGUUUGUAGAUGGGACGAUCAAUGGGGCUGUAAACAACGGAACAAUAGGAAGAGUUGGAAGUAUAAAUGGGUUCAUUGCUGGAUCAUCCGAAUCAAAAAGAGAUCGGGAAAAAGAUUUAAAUAACGAGAUUGACAACUUCUUUCAAAGUCCUUCCGAACGACAAUCAUCCAAUCUGUUUUUGCGGAAAUCGGAAAUUGAACAAGAUAUUUCCAACGAAACGGGCAACAAGGCCGAUCAUGAAUUACAAGAUGAUGCCGAUUCGGAUUUGGAUACAGCAGAUAAUGAGGAGGCGAUUGAUGAUCAAGAAGAGGUGGAGGCGAGCAAUGAUGUGAAGACAAACAAAACGGGACCACUUAGACUGAGCGAGGCCAAUCGAAGGGAAAUUGACACAGCUUAUAACUUAAUGGACAAGCAAUAUAUGUGGAAACUCUCAUCUGGAAAAUUCGUAGAAGAAGAAUUGUAUAAGCUGGGGAAAAGAUUAGAGUUCGAGCAGUUUAUAGACAACACAUCUAUUCCAGAAGUACCAGAGCUCUCUAAUGAAAUUGAUGAGUUUCUAAAUAAAUUCCUUGGCAAGACGAACUUAAAUGAAAUCCGUCAAAUAAUAAAAGAAUCAAGUUUUGGUAAAGACUAUGACCAUGAGAAACACCAUGACCUGGAUUAUAUAUGUCUUGCUUUGCAUUCAUUGGUGAGGGAAAUACAAAACGGUAGUAUCAAGGACACGAAUCUCGAGAAUUGGUAUAACUGCCAUGUAUGGAGUGUAGUGUUUGAUCAAGCAUUCGGAGACAUAAGGGCGAUAGCUGUAGUCAGAGGGGAUUGGAUUCUCAAGGCUGUUGGUAACGGCAAAAAAGAUGAGUUUGGGGCUGGGGAGGCGGGUAAGGAUUGGGUUGACGAAAAUGGCACAAAGUACAUUAGAGAAAUUGGGUUAAAACUCCCCAAGACGCUCAAAGACAUGUUAGUAAAUCUGAUGGAAAGAAUAAAGUGGAACGAAGAGGUUUCGGCGUUGCGAUCUGACGGAAGCCCAGACACAGUAGAAAAAUUCGAUUCCGUUUUAACGACCCUGGCAUCUGUUCUGAAUGCAAAGUCCAAGAGACAGUAA